AUGGGCAUCAGUAUCUAUUCACUUGUCUCAGCCGUGAUUCUGUGCCUCAACGCAUUAGCCAUCCUCUCAGAAUCGCGAUUUCUCUCCAAGUUUGGAUUGGCCACUCCACAAGCCCUACAGGGUGGCAUUGCGCUGCAGCACGAUCCCACUUUCAAUGACAUGGUGCCAUCCUCUGUCGAUGCUGAGCUUGGCACUAGCGGGAACGGCGGUGGCCGCUCUGUCUCGUCCGUCAAGUUGCAGAUCGCCUCUUUUUUGCACUCCAUCCGCCUCCUGAUGCGCUGGCCGCUCAUCUUCGUGAACAUUACGCUAAUUGCCCUGGCACUGAUCUUCGGCUGA